AUGACCCAUUCCUGUUGCUCUCCUUGUUGCCAGCCCAACUGCUGCAGGACCACCUGCUGCAAGGCCACCUGUUGGGAACCAACCUGUGUGAGCAGCUGCUGCAGCACUCCCUGCUGCCAGCCCUGCUGCUGUGUGCCCACCUGCUGCCAGCCCUGCUGCUGUGUGCCCACCUGCUGCCAGCCCUGCUGCUGUGUGCCCACCUGCUGCCAGCCCUGCUGCUGUGUGCCCACCUGCUGCCAGCCCUGCUGCUGUGUGCCCACCUGCUGCCAGCCCUGCUGCUGUGUGCCCACCUGCUGCCAGCCCUGCUGCUGUGUGCCCACCUGCUGCCAGCCCUGCUGCUGCUAA